AUGUCUUUCCAGUAUCCCAUCAGUCCGAUAUCGAGUGACGACUCAUUAUCUCCGGCUUCAACAACCAGUCGGAAUUCCCGCCGCUCACUCAUCUCCAUGGCCAACAACCUAAAACCAACUCGACAGAAGCUAGGCAAAUACUUCACAAAGUCGAGAUAUUCUGCUCCCGCGGGCGAGUUCAAGGAUUGGAGUGCAAAUGAUAUGAGCUCGGUCAUCAAGACGGCCAGCUUGCAGAUGGGAAGCUGGGGCAACCCCGAGGUCCCGAUAUCACCAGUCAUCCAGGACACGAGAUACAAGCCUUCGCUCGUCACAAUAGACCAUGAACUGAGAUACGAACCUAAACACGAACAGAAGUUUGAGCUUCAUUAUGUGCCUGAGCCAUUCAUUUUUGAUUCAUUUCUUGCACCUCCUCGGGAAGCGCCGCCUCCUCCGCCUCAGCAUACUCCUCCACCUCCUCCCCCGAUGUUUCAACCAGAACGACUUUCUUCACCUCCCAUGCCUAAACCUGAACGCAUUCCGCCACCUCCUCCGAUUCCGCAAUUUGAAUUGCCGGCAGAAAUACCCUCGACCAUGGAACCGCCACAGCAUCGUAUACGACGAGCACCCUCUGCGACAAGACCAAGACCGGUAUCCGGCGUCAGAAGACGAGCCAAGACUCCUGUCCACAAGAUUGGACAACUGGAGAUGGCUGCCGCCAAAAAGAGACAAGAAACCAUCAUCAAUAGACAAUCAAGCGUUCGCACCAUUGCACGACAAUAUCGUGCGUUAAUCGAGGAGACGGACAUUCCGGAGGUUCCUCCCAUCCCUGUCGUCCAUCGAAAGCCUCUACCUGCCACCGCCAGCCCACACUUACACGAAUUCGACAACAAUUACGGCUUUAUUCCUCGCCAGUCCAUCAGUGAGCCGCGCGGCGCGGGUCUCCUCGAGGAACCAAGACCUCGAUACGAACUUGCUCCAUCACCGUCGCCAGUAUCAGACACCGACACACUAGUGUCAUUGCCCGACGAGUCCAUGUACGUGAAGCCAUUGGAGUUUUCAUCACCGCCAACACCGCCCUCUGAGGAGGACGACUGGGAAGACGACGACUACAUUAAAUCACCCGAUACAGAAGCCCUUCGGUUCCAAAUUGGAUUCGAGAUGCUCACCCGCGAGUUAUCAACGGCGUUUGCGGACCAUUCGUCUCGUGCGGGGAGAGACGCUUCUGGGCUUCAGAUCUGGGUUAUGAUUGAGGCAUAUGAGCGGCUGAGAGAUCAGAUUUCUGCCAUGGAGACGCGGGAUCCGGAGCUGCAGAAUGCGAGGGCAAUGUUUGAUUCGUGGCUAGGUGCGUUGCGGUCCAUUCAGAGGUCGAUUGCGGAUGAGGGCGCUGAGAGUGAAAGCGAGUAUGGAGACGAGGAAGGUCGAUAG